AUGUUAUCGCGCUGGUCGUACAAGUCGUUGGGAGCAGCAUUGCCUCCGCUGCGAUCAAUUCAGGCAAGAACUCCACUUUUGGCUGUAAUGUCAUGCUCGCCGGAUUUACUUUCCAACUGGGUGGUUGCCACAACAUGCUAUAUGAUCUUUGCAGCCGAGUUCAUGCUGCGAGUUCUAUACGACCGACCCAUAUCCAGACGCUUGGCUUCUCCGACAUCUCCGGCGAUAUACGGCUUGGAUCGGAAUAUAUGGCAGAUACUAUCUGCUCUCAUCUUUAGUAACCUAUGCGUUCAUGUGCGAUUGUGGUACCGUAUAAUUGAACUUUCUGACAACUCCACUGGGUACCUCUCCCGCACUCAGCGUUACUUUGUGAUCAUGGAUGCUCUAAUGAUCAUCCUUGCGAUGCUCACUGUUAACCUUUUCCACCCCGGCCGCCUCUUGGCCCGUCCGGGAGCGCAGAAAGGCGAUGUUUGGAAGGUAGACAUGAUAUUAUCAUCCGAAGAGAAUGUAUCCUCUUUGGCUUGCAUCGAGCUUGCAAGUGCCUAG